ACUGGUUCUGGCAACUUGUAGAUCAUAAUAUAUUUUUAUAAUUGUUAUAAUAAUAAGUAAUUACAGUGUAAGUUAUAGUAAAAUAAUAAGUUGUUAUAUAACAGUGUUGAAAAAACUCAAUAAUUUUGAAUAAUGAAUUCCAACAACUCAUCGGCGUCUGGACUACCUGACCUUGACUCAUACAAAGCCAAUCCGACCCGAUUCCCGUGCACGCUUUGCGGUAAAGAAUUCAAGGGUAGAGGCAAACUUGAGAUGCACAUUCUCACCCACACGACGGAGAAGGCCAACAGUUGUCCAACUUGUGGGAGACGCUUCUCACAUAUUACCAGUUUACAUAGGCAUGAGGCUACACAUUUGGAAAACCAACCUCCGGGUCUACCCGGAGGCGCUUCAAGUGUGAACUUUGUCCUCGAAUCUCCUUAAGUAGAGCUGACUUACAAAAGCAUGUCCAAGUUGUACAUGAAAAUCAGAGAAAUCAUCCGUGCACGUUUUGUGACAAAAGAUUUUCAACAUCGUCUAAUAUGAGACGCCACGUGGACGCGAGACAUUCCGGGAAUAACGAAAAGAUCCAUUCGUGCGACAAAUGCGAAUCCAGGAGCAACUGGAAAGAAAAUUUGGCACACCACGCGAGGCGUCACAAUCCUGUGAAACGACUAGAAUGCUACUUCUGUAAGAUACAAUUUGCCCACUUUUCAAAACUGGUAACACACAGUCGUGGUCAUACUCUGGAACAUUGAUAAUCCCGGAAAUUUUUUGUUGCUUUUGGCCGAUUUUAUUAUUUGGCCGGCGAUUAGCUUACAUCAAAAUUCCACAAAUAUUCCUAAAACGUUGAUCAUAAUAAAUAACCGUCUAAAAUCUGUUGACAGCUUUGGAAUGUCCAUUUAUGGGAAAAAAAUAUCUGUAAAUUUAAUUAAGGAUGUAAUUGUGUUUCUCAAAAUCUUGUGCAUAAAACGGAAUAAGUAGUUAAUUAA